UCACAAUGAGCGAUUUUCCCCGACAUCAUAAUAUGAGUUUCGAGGAGUGGACUGCAUAAGGAAUUCGAUCCUGUGACUUGUACUCAGACCGAGGAGUUCUUAUUCAGAAUGAGCGCGACACUAAUUGACCGAGUGUAAAGCCACCGGAGAAAUGUCUCCUCGUCGGAUUAACUAGACGGCAGGUCCUUGGGAAAUUUUCCAAAGGAAAACAGCAAGGAUGAAGCGAGUUGCGUUUUUUUUGAUUGCAUUAUGCGAGAUCUCGCUCAGCGACGGUCAUAGGAACCACGGGACUGGGCACAGCCAUCAUCGGAUUUCCCAUCGACAUGUUCGUGAACCGAAAGAGCUGCACUUGGCAGCAGUGUUCCCCAUGCAAGGGCAUGGAGGAUGGCUCGGAGGUCAAGGGUGUUUGCCAGCCGCUCUCAUGGCACUUGAAGAUGUCAACAACCGCACCGACCUUUUAUCCGGUUAUAAACUUCGACUUCAUUGGAGAGACAGCCAGUGCAAUCCUGGAAAGGCUGCCAGUGAAAUGUACGAUCUCUUGUACGAUCCUCCCACUAAGCUCAUGAUGCUCGGUGGUUGCUCAAUCGUUUCAUCGACCAUCGGAGAGGCAGCAAAAAUGUGGAAUCUCGUUGUGGUAUCGUACGGGUCGUCGAGUCCAGCGUUGUCGAAUCGCCAUAGAUUCCCGACUUUCUUCAGGACACAUCCGUCAGCGACGAUACACAAUCCAACCAGAAUAAAACUUUUCAAGAUGUUUGACUGGUCUCGAAUCGCCAUCAUCCAGGAGGCCGAAGAAGUGUUUACCUCGACGGGCGUGGAUCUUGAAGCUCGAUGCAAAGAGGCGAAUAUCGAAGUCGUCUCCCGAGUCAAUUUCAUAACAGAUCCUACGGACGCCGUUAAGACUCUCAAGAGGCAAGAUGCUAGGAUAAUCGUGGGUAUGUUCUACGUAGCUGCGGCUCGUCGGGUUUUCUGCGAAGCCUACAGGCAAAAAAUAUUUGGAAAACAAUACGUAUGGCUCCUGAUCGGUUGGUAUGAGGACGAUUGGUACACAAUACAAGACAAGGGACACAACUGCACAACGGAGGAAUUGAAGCAAGCUCUCGAGGGACACAUCACGACCGAAGCCCUGAUGUUAUAUAAGGAAGAAAACAAAACAAUCUCUGGAAUGACCUCUCGGACUUUCAUGGAUCGUUACAUACAAACCCUGGAGAAGGACAACAACACCAACGGAAGACGACCCGAAGGCUUCCAGGAAGCGCCCCUGGCGUACGACGCCAUCUGGGCUGUAGCCCUGGCUCUCAACAAGACCAUUGCUCGGCUCAAGCAAAGGGGAGAGCCCAUCGAGAAUUUCACUUAUACCAAUAAAAGAAUUAUGGGAGAACUAUGGAAGGCCAUGAACGCCACUCAAUUCCUCGGAGUGUCGGGCUACGUGAGUUUCUCGGCGAAGGGAGAUCGUAUGGCUCAGACUCAGAUAGAGCAGAUGAUCAACGGGACCUACUACAAGAUCGGGUAUUACGACUAUCCGACGGACGACUACCAGAAAACUAUCAACGAAGCACAAUGGAUUGACGGAAAGCCGCCCCAAGAUCGAACAAUCAUAAAGACAACACUGCGGACUGUUUCCCUCGGAUUAUUCCUCGGAAUGACCACGGUCGCCUUCCUUGGAAUCAUUUGGGCGAUUGGUCUCCUCAUUUUCAAUUGGGUCUUCAGAAAUUCGCGAUACAUCGCAUGGUCACAUCCAUCGUGCAAUAACAUUCUCCUUGUUGGCGUGAUCGUGUGUCAAUUCUCCGUCGCGCUAUUGGGGCUCGACGGUCAAUUCGUCGAAGUUUCGCUGUAUCCGCACAUUUGCCAGUCGCGUGCGUGGCUUCUCACCACGGGCUUCAGUCUGGCCUUCGGUUCGAUGUUCUCGAAAAUUUGGCGAGUCCAUCGAUUGGCUACGAAAGCGAAAGCCGAAUCGAAAGUUGAGUUGCAGAAAAUCAAGUCGUGGAAGCUGUACUCGAUCGUGGGAGUGCUCUUGUCGAUCGACUUCAUUAUUCUGGUGGCAUGGACGGUGAUCGAUCCAAUGCAGCGCAAAAUUCAAAUAUUUCCACAUGAAGACCCGCCGGGUGACAUAGAUGAGGACGUCAAGAUCCAGCCGGAACUGGAAUUAUGCGUUUCGGUACAUCAUAAUAUCUGGCUCGGUGUCAUGUACUCGUACAAAGGACUGGUCCUGCUAUUCGGGAUAUUUCUAGCCUACGAAACAAGAUCUGUCAAAAUCAAGCUCCUCAAUGACAGUCGCCUGGUGGGAAUGUCAAUCUAUAACGUCGUCAUCCUCUGCUUGAUCACCACACCCGUUACAAUGGUUAUCGGAUCACAGCAGGACGCCUGCUUCGCAUUCGUGGCUCUCGCAAUAAUAUUCUGUUCCUACAUCUCCAUGACGCUGGUGUUCAUCCCUAAGAUUGCAGAAUUGAUCCGACGGCCGAGGGAGAGACAGGAUUGUCGAGGUCUAGCCGAUAAUGUCAGUUCCCGCGAGGAAGAAGAGAAGCUCCGCAAGUUACAGAUGGAGAAUGAAUCUCUGAAGAAACAGAUACAAGAGAAAGAGGAUCAGAUAGAAGCGAUAAAAACUAAGCUCGCCGAAAGAGCCAAACUCGCCAGAGUGCAUCCUUUGGAGAAUUCUGCGAUAGCCGUCCGUAAUGACGAUCAGACCAAGAUCACAAAAGAUGGCGUAGAAAGUCGUGCUUCCCCCGCAACGGCGAUCCGUCCUCCAGUGACUCUUCAACCAUCGAUUCCUUGCAGACAAGGAACGCCGCUCCAGACCGAUCCAAUGUCAGAAUCGGGUUACGUUACGGGGGGUUCAGCUUCGUGCAUAAAGCGAGGCUCAAGGGCAUCUCAUUCAGACUUCAACUUCUCAGAGUCGUACCUUUGAGAAGUCGAAGUGACGGCGGAAACCCGAUGCGAGUAACGGCAGGAACAGAUUGACGCUCGGAGAGAUUUAGCGAGCAACCAGACGAUUCGAGCUUCACAAGCGAUGCUAUGUUAGGCUCUUCCUGGUUUAGGAUUUGAUUCUGAAUGAAAGUCCCUUGACC